AUGCUGCUCCUGCUCGCCGCGCUGCUGGCCGCCGCCUGCCCGCUGCCGCCCGCCCGCGGCGGGGCCGUGGACGCGCCGGGCCUCGGCGGGGCGCCCCCCAACGCCUCCGUGAACGCGUCGUCCGCGGGCGAACCCGUCGCCCCGCGGCUGCUGGCCUCGGCGGCUCCCGGGCCCCCCGAGCGCCCGGGCCCGGAGGAGGCGGCGGCGGCCGCGCCGUGCAACAUCAGCGUGCAGCGGCAGAUGCUGAGCUCGCUGCUCGUGCGCUGGGGCCGCCCGCGGGGCUUCCAGUGCGACCUGCUGCUCUUCUCCACCAACGCGCACGGCCGCGCCUUCUUCGCAGCAGCCUUCCACCGCGUCGGGCCGCCGCUGCUCAUCGAGCACCUGGGGCUGGCGGCCGGCGGCGCGCAGCAGGACCUGCGCCUCUGCGUGGGCUGCGGCUGGGUGCGCGGCCGCCGCCCGGGCCGCCUGCGGCCCGCCGCCGCCGCCUCCGGGGCGCCCACCGCGCUGCCCGCCUACCCCGCGGCUGAGCCCCCCGGGCCGCUGUGGCUUCAGGGCGAGCCGCUGCACUUCUGCUGCCUGGACUUCAGCCUGGAGGAGCUGCAGGGUGAGCCGGGCUGGCGGCUGAACCGCAAGCCCAUCGAGUCCACGCUGGUCGCCUGCUUCAUGACCCUGGUCAUCGUCGUGUGGAGCGUGGCCGCCCUCAUCUGGCCGGUGCCCAUCAUCGCCGGUUUCCUGCCCAACGGCAUGGAGCAGCGUCGGACCACCGCCAGCGCCGCCGCCGCCGCCGCCCCCGCCGCGGUGCCCGCGGGGACCACCGCCGCCGCCGCUGCAGCCGCUGCCGCCGCCGCCGCCGCCGCCGCGGCCGUCACCUCGGGGGCGGCGGCCAAGUGACCCGCCCCGCUCCUCCCCGCGUCAGCCCUGUGGCCGCGCUCUCGGGUGCCUUUCCCGCCGGGAGACUCGGCCCGUGUGCUUCGUGCUGUAGUGACCGUUAGUUCUCCUUCCCGGGAGGGGGCCGCCGGAGGGGCCCCAGCGGCUUGGCCCAGCGACCUGCGUGCCGCGCGUCGUUCCGAAAGGCAGGUGCCAGCCCUUGCGCCGAAGGGUGGGAUCCGCAGCUAGGAGAACAGACAGGGGGGAGACGGGGCCCUUUCCCCUCUAUUGUAUCCCCCUGCCCCCCUCCCUCCCCGCACCCACGUGCCCUAUAUUCAUGGCAGAAAAUGACCAAAUCCUGUGUAUUUGUUUUAUAUAUUUAAUACCUGUUUUAAAUGAAAGU